AUGCGUUCCAUCCUCAUCAGUCUCAUUGCAGCCUUGACGGCUCCUCUCGUGACUGCUGUCCCACAUCCUGACAUCUCCUUUACCGCGAAAAACAUCCUGACCCAAAAGGGAUCCCAAUCCGGAUUAGUCCCACGUGAUGAUCUACCAAACGAGAAGAAGAUCGGAUACCUCAUUUUCAGCCACGGCUGCUUCUCUUCCGGCAGUGGAUUUCCUCACUGCGGCGACCUGAUCACUAUGAAAUGGGGCAAAGAAGGAGAAUACAAGUCUUGCAAUGAUCACCCUGUGGAUUCGGCCUUUGAAAAAUUCUGCAGCAUCAAGAGUCAAGAUAUGGUCAAAGUGGACACUCCUAUGGGUCAGGGCAUCUGGCAGCGAGACGUGAAAAGUUGCGGAAAGGGAAGGGGUCGAGAGGGUCUCAUCUUAACCGCCUUGGACGAUUUUAGCGCAAGCGGAUAUGAGUGUGUGAGGGACGACCAUCAGUUCUCGGAGAAUUGUGGCUUUACCUGGGCCAGUCACUCGAGAAUGAAGUGUACCUAUAAAGGUGAACUCGAAUGA